AUGAAGACACUCACAGACCUCAUCAAGCCCAGUUCCCCAGACCAGUUUUCAACACUUCUUUAUCCAUCAACUACCACGAUGCCUCAAGCAAUGAAACUCAAUGGCAAGACCCCUGCCACUCCCCCGCUAUCCCAAACGCGUCCAUGUACCCCUAUCGAUGAAAGCCCCCAGCAUUGUGUUGCUCAGCCGCCCAUCACACAAGAAGAAUUGAAAGAUCUGCUAGAAGUCAUUCGCGAAGUCAGGGCAGCGAAAACACGCUCCUCCCUGGACCCAGGGAGCGAGCCAGCCGACCGAAAGCAAGCUAGCGAUGAAGACCAAAAUGAAGAUGAGAAAAGGGUUCGCGCUUCAAAGAUAGAUUACAAAACCGCCAAUGGAGUCUGGUACCAGAUUGGAAAUAGCUUCCUGUUCGGCAGUCAGAUAUCGCGCGUCGAGAUCCGAGUUCAAAAGCAUUAUGGAAGUCGAACCAGUUGGGACAAAGCCAUAUCAAAGUACAAAACUAUUGAAUUGAUUGAACCGGAUGAUACCAUUGAUGCACUGGAUGAAUAUGUGUUUGUUGUCUGCAAACAUAUCAAUUACAAGUUGAAAGAGUUGACAACAUACAUUGAUGUUAAAUCGGAGGUGCUGCGUGAUAUCCUGCCAGAGGUGCUACAAGAUGCCAAGAGAGUAAACUUAAUGAAAGAUAAGCUGUUGAUGACCAGUCCCAGUGGGAUUCACAUCAAGAAAUGUAUGAGACCAGAUCAAAUGAGAUCAAAUGUGAAAUUCAUAGUUCCAGCGGCCAGUCUAGUGACUGCAGACUUCAAACCCCAGAGUCUGAAGUAUCUUCUCUUGCUUGUCAGACAUAUCAAGAGUGUAUAUACUGCUACAAAACAGCAUCUUACAUCAUUGUUACAUAGACUGACCGUGUAA